ACAUACAUACACGCACAUAUACGUAGAUAUACACACACCACGCGGCAGCCGGCAGCAGUCGCGGCGGCAAAAGACACGAGGGACAAGAGAGCGACAGUCUAUGUGCCGGGUCUUGCUGCCCGUUUGCCAUCAGGCUCUCCCCCUCUGCAUACCGUCCCUAUCCUCCCAGAUCUCUCCCUCUCUCCCUCUCUCUCCCUCUCUCUUCCUCUCUCUCCCCGAGAUACCCAACACCAAAAGCGCAGAACCACCCCGAGAGUCGACGGCAACCCACACAGAUCGCAGAACCGCCGAGCCGGGCACACCGAGCCGCAGAUCGACGUGUCACUAUCACGCCUUGAUACCGCACUGGGAACCUUACCUAUCCCUACCUUUCCGCCGUCUCUUCCUCGCGCUUCUACCUCUCCUCUGCCUCUCUCUUCAGCCUUCCUCCUUCCCCUCCCGAGCGGCCGUGCGCCUUUGCCGCGCCACCCCUCCUCUUUUUAAAUCUCCUCUCCCCCAUCGCCGAAAAUUGGUCCUUUAUAUUUGCCCUGUCUCAUUCAAAUUGGUCCCCUCUCGCUUCGCUCUGCCCAAUCUACCCGUCUCUCUACACCGGCCAACCCCAACCCCAGCCGACCCUGCUUCCCCGUACACUACGUCACCCACGUCGUCUAGAUAGAGACCAGCUAGUAGUCAAAAGAAAUCAAAAUGACUUCUCGCCCGCGCCGCGCAGCGGCUCAGCGGGCAAAUACCGCAAUCACUGACAUGGUCGACAGCGACAACCACAUCAAUAGCCGGACGGGCAGAACCAUGUCUUCGAGAGCGUCCCGCCGAUCUGAGGGUAAGAGUGCCGCUGCACCGGUCGAGCACGGCCCUCUCUCCUCGCCCGCAGCUUCUAACCAGCACGUUCGUUUCACAGUUAAGCUGCCGGCGAGCAAGCUGCGCCAGGCAACCUCGAGCCGCGUCGGUCAAUCCAGUCGUCAACAAUCCUCGGAUGCCGGCGUCGUGGAGGGCAGGAGGAACCGCCCCCAGAAGAAGAAGAGCUACGUCGUCGAAACUAGUGACGACGACGACGACGACGACGACGACGAUGAUGAUGACGAUGAUGACGAUGACGACGAGCUGGAAGAGGAGGAUGACGACGAUGAUGAUGACGACGAUGCCGAGGGAGAAGACGACGACAUAGCCGACAUUGCCGAGGAAGACGCUGAGGGCGAGAUCGUCGUCGACGACACCAUGGAAAUCGACGCCGAAGGGGACGACGACGACGACAUCGGCGACGAGGAUGCCGAAGGUGAAGAUGACGACAUGGAAGUGGACCUCAUACGGCCCCCGGCUCCCGUAAUCAAGGUCUCGAAGCCGCCAAAGAGCUCCAAGUCAAAGGCCCCAGCUAAGUCUGCCGCAAAAGCUGCUGUAACCCAAGUUAGAGACAGCGAAGACGACGAAGACGACGAUGAGGAACUUAGUGAGCUAGAGAGCGAAGCAGACGAGAUCCAGGACACUGUCAAGGUUGGAGGUGGUGACGAGGAGGAUGCGGAAGGCGAAGACGAGGAGCUCGGGCCGGCCAAUCCCGCUGAAGAAGACGAGGAUGCCGGUAGCGAGGGCGAGAACGGGAGCCGAGCAGAUACGCCCGAUCUUACUAAAAUGACAAAACGUCAACGCGCCCGAUUCGAAGAAAAUGGAGACACCCUCAUGAAACUAUCUGAUGAGGUGCAAGCAAAGAAGCACUUCACGGCAGAAGAGCUGUCGAUGCGUCGCGCCGAGAUGGCUCGCCGACGACGCAACCUUAGCGAGAAGCGCAAUGAAGAAGUGAAGAUGGAAACCAUCAACAAACUGCUCAAGAAACAAGCGCCCAAGACAAACCGCAAGUCACUGCUUGGGGAUCUAGGUCCCGAUGGCCAUGUGUAUAAGCCUAAUCCCGUAUUCGUGAGAUGGACCAGCAACAAGGAUGGCAGCCGAGUCGGUAUCCCCGAAGAGAUGCUUUCCGGGCCAGCCGGCCGGGUUUUUACUCCGAGCGGUCCCCGAGGCGGGAAAAUGGUAGAGGAGGUGUCGUAGGGGCGACGGGUGACCGAUCCCUGACCAACACAAUGGCUUAGAUUCUCGAAACGCGGCUCCCUACCAUUGUGGGCAGCUAAAACCGUCCUCGAGUCGUCAGCGCCCCUCACGCUACGGCAGGAAUCAUCAGUGUAUCCUUCAAGGAGUAGAUUGUCUGUUUGUAUUAAUAUUAGAAGGAAGGGAGAGGCAGACGGUUCACAGCGAUAGUACGACCUCCGAUGUCGUUUUGAUGGCACGAUAUAAAUGCCGCAGUAAUAAUAAACCAAGUUGGCAAGUAUAAUAUUGUCAGUCAAUAGUAUUAGGUGCCCAUAGUUACGUACGAUCACAACAUAUAAUAGCACCCUGGUAUUAUUUUAUUUUAUUUUUUUUA